AAAGUAAGCAUGCUGAAUUAGGCUACCGAAGGAAAGAAUACAUUAUAUAGCGGGUCCCUUUCAACAAUGAAACCUUACAAAAUCGACAGCACAACAAUCUAAAACCACUAUCCAACAUAAAAAAUACCAUUUACCCUCCUCCCAUUAUUAUCAAAUACCCUAAUAUUCUCAAUCUUUGUUUAGGUUAUUAGCUUAAAUAAAUAAAAUUAAUUAAGAAUGGGGAGAGGAAGGGUUCAACUGAAAAGAAUAGAAAACAAGAUCAACAGACAAGUAACCUUCUCCAAACGUCGAAGUGGACUUGUGAAGAAAGCUCAUGAGAUCUCAGUUCUUUGUGAUGCUGAAGUUGCUCUCAUUAUUUUCUCUCAUCGAGGAAAACUCUUUGAAUAUUCUUCUGAUUCUUCUAUGGAGAAGAUCCUUGAGAGGUACGAGAGGUAUUCUUUUGCAGAGAGAAGGCUAACUUCAAAUGAUCCAGACUUACAGGUAAACUGGACCUUUGACUUUGCCAAACUGAAGGCUAAGCUUGAUCUUCUACAAAGGAAUCACAGGCACUACUUGGGACAAGAUUUGGAAUCACUCAACAUGAAAGAAAUUCAAAGUUUAGAACAACAACUUGAUAGUGCUCUUAAAAAUAUUCGAUCAAGGAAGAACCAAUUGAUGCAUGAAUCCAUCUCUGAUCUCCAGAAGAAGGAGAGGGCAAUGCAGGAGCAAAACAACGUGCUGACAAAGAAGAUUAAGGAAAGAGGAAAAGAUAUGGCGCAAGUGCAACAACUACAAUGGCACCAUCACCAAGCUGGGCAGUCCCAAAAUCAUCAACAAGGUCCUGAUGCUUCUUCAAAUUUCCUCCUACCUCCACUUCCUUGUUUAAACAUGGGAUUUGAUGAAGCAGUAACACAUAUCAUGAAGGAGAGCUAAGUGGGGAUGUAAGAAGGAAUGGUCUUGACCUCACACUUGAACCUAUUUACUAUGCUAACAUGGGAUGUUUUCGACAUGACUAAAUCAUCAUUUUUACUUCAAGGUAUGUAAGAGAAGCUUUUUAAUUUGUGAUUUGUAUGAUAAUCCUUAUUAUCUUAAGUGGUCAAGACUUAGAAACACCUUUAGACCUUUUGUAUUUUGACAUGUGUUUUAACUUGUAUCUAUGUUUUACCUACUCUUUGUGUAAGACUCAAAUUGAACUAUUAUGCUUGUAUGAUAUUCAACUUAUAUUUCAUGUCAAGGG